AUGAUUAAUUUUGAAACAGCAGAAAGUAUUAAUUAGAAUAUUGUGCAAUUAAUUGAUUCAAUUGAUAUGUUUGUUAUCAAAAACUUUGAAGAUCUCAAAAUUGAUAAUUCAAAAGAAAAGUUAGAAUUGUAUGAAAAAGAUAUUUAAACUAAAGACAAAAAUGAAAUGACAACAAGCUAGUUAAUGGCUAAGCUAAUUAGCAAUAGAUCAAAUUGUUGCUCGCAGGAGUUAACUAAAGAGCUACAAAAAAUAGUGUUCAAGUUAUCAAACAGCAUUGAUAGAGUUGACAUUAAAAACCUUUUAAAUGAAGAUUUGUUGGAAUUGGAAUUUGAUAAGAUGAAUGAUGAAUAAUUUGAUUUAAUUAAGGACUUGUCUAGAUACUUCAUUACAGUAAUAUUUGUAUAUUAAUUUUAUGUACUUCAUAUCAAUCAAUCUUUAAUAACUUCAUAAUUACCACCCCAAAAUAAAUUUUAAAUUUUCAACCUUAAAAGAUUAUAUUAUGAAUUAUGA